AUGGGAAGACUUAUCAAGAACCACUGGGCUCGCUUGAUCAUCCUUACAGCGGCAGCCUUCCAAAUAGGAAGCGCAAUCGAGGGUUUCAUCUGGCCCAAAGUGUUUUGGGACUUCAUGACGAAGAAUCUGAACGGCGCCGUCACGCCUAUUCCCAUACUUCAAAUCCUCAAUCUGCUGAUGGGGCUGAUUGGCAUCGCCUGGGAAUGGCCUUUGAAAUAUGUCGCGGGCUCGAUACCACACCGCAGCAUCGAGUUCCGGUUGAUCCUUUACCCUCUCAGCGCUCUCCUCGCUAUGCUUCUCUACCAAGGGACGGACCCGGCGAUAUACUACCUCAUUGGGAUUGGGGUUUAUUUUUGGGCGUACAGCGAGGGCGAGAGCGAGGAUGUCCCCGUGAAUAAGAAGACCAGCUUCAACGGGAGGCUGAACCAAUACUUCCAUACAGCAAAGAACGUCGCCACCGAGCCUCCUACCCUCAAACCCACCACCACCACCACCACCACCACCAACAAUGCUUCGGUUUUCGAGCGAGACACCGCGACGACUCGCUCAAAACGUAAACUCUCCCUCCCCACGCAGCACACCCCCCAAAGCACCACCCGCCGCACCCGCACCCGCACCCGCACCCGCACCCCUAAACCCCCAACACCCCCAACAACCCCAAGCCUCCUCCGCGACACGAUCCCGGCCAAUCUCGACCUCCUCCUCGUGGGCGUCAACCCGGGCAUCCUAACCGGCGUGACAGGCCACGCGUACGCGCACCCAUCCAACCUCUUCUGGAAGCUACUGCACUGGUCGGGGAUCACGGCGAUCCGGCACCCGCCCUCGGACACGUACGCGCUGCCCGGUCUUUACAACAUCGGGAACACGAACAUCGUGGAGCGGCCGACGCGGGACGCCAGCAUGCUCAGCCGGGCGGAGAUGGACGCGGGGGUGCCGGUGCUCGAGGCGAAAGUGGCGGCGCAGCGGCCCGCCGUGGUGUGUCUGGUCGGGAAGAGUAUCUGGGAGGCGGUGUGGCGGGUGAAGAUGGGGCGUAAUAUCCGGAAGGAGGAGUUUCGGUACGGGUGGCAGGAUGAAGGGAUGAAUAUGGGGGCGGUGGGGGGAAAGUGGCCCGGAGCGAGGGUGUUUGUGGCUACGACGACGAGUGGGUUGGCGGCUGGGAUGUCCGUGGCGGAGAAACAGGCUGUGUGGAAUGAGCUAGGGGAGUGGGUGAAGCAUCGCCGGCAGGAGAGAGAGCAGCAGCAGCAGCAGCAAGAUCGUAGUGUUGAUGAGGACAAACCCAGUCAGGGUCGAUGA